AUGUCUCUCUUUCUAAGUCUCACCCUUUGUUCUCUUUUCUGUAGUCCACUUUAUUCUCUCUUCUCCACUACUUCCCUUUCAACCCCUUCUCUGUGUUCAGUGAUAUUUCUUUCUCUCUCUUUAUUUACUCUUUUCUUAAGCCUUUUAUUCUCUCUUCUUCACCCCCCCACUUCCUUUAUUCCUCUUUCUUCUUUUACUCGUUCCUUCUCUUCGAUUUACUACCCCGCUUUAUUCAUCUCCCUAUCUCUUUCUUCCUCUCUCAAAAUUUUAAUUCUCUUUCAUGUAAAUUUCGUUAUUUCUCUCUUCUUUAAACCUUUUUUUUUCUAUUUUGUCUUGAAAUCGUCUGUCUUUUACUUGUUCCUUCUUUUCGUUCUGCUACCCUAUUUAUUCAUCUCGCUCUCAUUUUCCUCCUCUAUCUUUUUACUUUCUUUUUCUUAUUUUUUUUAUCGUUCCUUUUGUUCUCGCUCCUCCACGCCUUCAUUUUCACUACAUCUUUUUGCGUUCAAUCCUCAUCUUUUUACUAGUUCUUUCUCUACGAUCUCCUAUCUUUUUGGGUUCAAUCCAAUUUCCAUUAUUCACCCGUUCAAUCCAAUUCGCUUCAUUCAUAUUCUUUCUCUCUUUCUUUCUCUCUUUCUUUCUCUCUUUCUUUUCUCCAACGAAAAACGUUAUAUUGAAAUCUUUGUUCCCUUUUUUUCUUUCCCUUUUUUUCUUUCCCUUUUUUUCUUUCCCUUUUUUCUUUCCAUUUUUUUCUUUCCCUUUUUUCUUUCCCUUUUUUUCUUUCCCUUUUUUUCUUUACCUUUUUCUUUCCCUUUUUUUCUUUCCCUUUUUUCUUUCCCUUUUUUCUUUCCCUUUUUUUCUUUCCCUUUUUUCUUUCCCUUUUUUUCUUCCCCUUUUUUUCUUCCCCUUUUUUCUUUCCCUUUUUUUCUUCCCCUUUUUUUCUUUCCCUUUUUUCUUUCCCUUUUUUUCUCUCCCUUUUAA